AUGGACGAGGUAGAGUACGACGUUACCAAGGCUCGGCAGAAGAAGACCAAGGUGGGCUCCUUCCGAAUAAAUCCUGACGGGUCGCAGGAGAGGAGAAAGGUUCCCUUAGCCCAGUCGGAGACAUUCCUCACAGACCUCUUGGAUAAAGUGUGUGAGCGAAUGAAUGACUACAAGCUCGAAGAAGACCCCGUGACUAAGGAGAAGACUUUCAAGAGAUUUGCUCCAAGGAAAGGAGACAAAAUAUACAAAGAAUUAAAAUUCUAUUUUUAUUCUGAUGCUUACAGACAUUUGAAAUUCGCGUGUGAAACUAGAAUGGAAGAGUACGAGGAUGAAAUAUUCUCACUUAUCGCCCAGGAGGCACACUACCUCGCUGACAAGCUGUGCAGUGAAAAAUCAGGUCUGUGUGAAACUUCUGCUAAUCACACUGAACUCUAG